AUAUUUAUUACCGUCAGACAAAACCUCCCAUUAGCGUCACAUUUAUUUUGUUUACUACGGCGAAAAGAUCUCUCAAUCACGGCUCAAUCUGUGUAAACUUUGAAAUGGUUAACCGACAUUUUACUGUAUUAGUAUUAUUAAUAAUUAGCGUUUACACCACCACCCAAAUUUCUGCUGGAAACCAAAUACGAAGAAACUGCAACGGAUGGGGAAGAUGUCUUCCAACCAGACAAACAAUUAACUGGACUCCUGGUCGCGCCGAUUAUUCCAUCCAACGCAGAAAUUGCCCUUCCUACUGUCGUGGAUAUGGCGUGUGUGACAGAGACGGAGUAUGUCGUCACGUGACCCAGGGAACGCCACAGACUACUGGAUGGGGUCCAUCACUUACACGCCAAGUACCAAUUCAGCGUCGCCAAGAAACCGUAAUUUUAACCCCAACUUGGCCUGCACAACAAAUUAAGGCUUCCCCCCUCAUUUCCUACGGUCCCCCAACUACACAUCACUCACUCCCCUUAAUUUCAAGGGCACAAGUCUUAAGAAAAUCUCCCCCAAUCAACCCUCCACCAAAACAUUUGAAACAAAAGGAAGCUACUCCUCCCCCUAAGGAAACACAAUAUUGGGAAGAUUUAAGCAACUGCGGUCUCCCCGAGUACGACUGCAUUCCACGCAUUAGUGACCGAGACGACGUGAACUGUGCCCACUGUGAGGACGUCCUACACGGAAAAUGCCACUCUUUAGGGGUUUGUUUUGUUAAGGGGGAUCCAAAAUCGUCCCCACCCCCGCCAGAAGACAUCCAGACCCCCAAACCGUACUGGGAAGACCUUACCAACUGCCUCCUUCCCGAGUAUGACUGCGUUCCUCGAGCAAAUGAAAACGACGCUGAUAACUGUGCCCAUUGUGAGACCGUUUUACACGGAAAAUGCAACUCUGUCGGGAUUUGUUUCGUUAAGAAGGGUCAACCACCACCCCCACCAAAAAAUGACCUGACCCCACCUCCACCUCCGCCUCCAUCUUCAAAUUAUUGGGAAGAUUUGAGCAACUGUGCCCUCCCAGAGUUUGAAUGUAUCCCGAAGAAGGAAGGGUUCGAAAUUGACUGUGCCAGGUGUGAGAUUAGUCUUGAAGGAAAAUGUCAUCCGUUAGGAAUUUGCGUGGUGAAAAAGGUGGCAAAGAAUUACUGGGAGGAUUUGACCAACUGUGGUCUCCCGGAGUAUGACUGCGUUCCAAGAACGAGUCAGGAUGAUGAGGACAAUUGCCAAAAUUGUGAAAAUGUGAGAGGCGGUAGAUGUCACGCGGUGGGGGUUUGUGUUGUUAAAAAGGCGUGAUUUUGUUCCUAGUUUGUAUUUUAUUCGGUUAAAUUUAAAUCGAAAUUUGCAGGGAAAUUCCAGUGCGACAUUUAAAUAGGGUUCUACAUAUGUAUUUUCUGUAAUAGAAUAAAUUACUCAAAGUUUAAACUAUGUAUUCUAGCAAUUAUGUGACAUUGUUUCUUAAAACUGUGUACAUAUACAUGGACAGAAAUGGACAGUAUUUACUACGUAUUGUACAGACAUAUUUUAAAUUUAGGGUUAAAUUUUUACAAGUAUACAAUUUAUAAUUUGUUAACAUUAUGUCAUUAAAUAAAUGAUUUUACACUAGA